AUGACAUCCGAUAUGAACAAUACUGGUAAUUUCACCAAACAAACUAAUAACAAGAAUUAUUUAUAUGAACCACCUGUAUUUACUGUUGAACAACGAUUAGAAAAAAUCAAGCAAGCUUUACCACAAGUUGAAAAACUUUUUGAAAAUGAAUUUACAAAAAAUCAUUUUCCAGGUCUUGCUUAUGGAAUUAUUGUUGAUGGAGAAUUACUUAGUACUCAUAGUUUUGGUUACAUUGAUUUACAACAGAAAAUACCAGCUACUAGCAAAUCACUCUUUCGUAUUGCAUCAAUGACAAAAAGUUUUACUGCUAUGGCUAUAGUUAAACUUCGCGAUGAUGGUAAACUUCGUUUGGAUGAUCCUGUUCAACAAUAUAUUCCUGAAUUGAAAAUGACGGACAUGUUAACAAAUGAUGCACCAAUAAUUACUAUUCGUCAUCUAUUAAUACAACAUGCUGGUAUGCCAGAAGAUGAUCCAUGGGCAGAUCGAUUAUUAGCUUUACCUGAUAAUGAAUUUCUAGCAAUGUUAAAAAAAGGAAUCAGUAUAUCAAAUCCACCAGGUACUAUUUGGGAAUAUACAAAUCUUGGUUAUACAAUGUUAGGUAGAAUUAUUACAGUUGUAUCACAAAUGUCUUAUCAAAAAUAUAUUAAACGAGAGAUUCUAGAUCCACUCGGUAUGACAAAUACAUUUUGGGAAUAUAAUGAAAUUCCAUCAGAAUUAUUAGCUCGUGGAUAUCGUUGGGAAUGUGAACGUUAUUCAGAAGAAAACUUACUUCAUGAUGGAGCAUAUGGUGCUAUGGGAGGAUUAAUUAGUUCAAUUGAAGAUUUUAGUAAAUAUAUAUCAUAUCAUUUACAAGCUUGGCCAGCACGUAAUGAACCUGAUCAUGGUCUAGUACGACGUAGUUCAUUACGUGAAAUGCAUCAUCCUUGGAAUUUCAUACAACUUAGUACAUAUAAACAUCGUCCGUGCCCAUUUAUGUGUGCCUACGCUUAUGGACUUGCAUGGAUUAAAGACAACGAUGGAUUAGUAGCUAUUACUCAUAGUGGAGGUUUGCCAGGUUUUGGUAGUAAUUGGAUUAUGCUACCUGAACAUGGUAUUGGACUUGUUUCCUUUGCUAAUGGAACUUAUGCUGAAUUAGAUACUAUUAAUUCAAUUAUCAUAGAACAAAUUGUCACACUUGCUGAGUUAAAAUCUCGACAAUUACCUAUUCCAAAAAUUCUUACUGAACGAAAAAAUCAAUUAAUAAAAUUAUUAUUAGAAAACAACUGGAAUAUACAAGAUUCGGAAUUAUCAGUGAUAUUUGCCGAAAAUUUCUUUCUCGAUCAUUCAUUAGAAUUACGAAAAAAAACUUCACAAGAUUUACUUAAUGAAGCAGGAAAAAUUCUAAAUAUUAAAAAAUUAAUUCCAAAAAAUCAAUUGCGUGGUCAUUUUGACAUCAUCGGUGAACAGGCUACAAUUCAAGUCAAAUUCAGUCUAUCACCAGAAAAUCCACCAUUACUUCAAGAACUAGAACUAGUUAAAAUCAAUCAAUAA